UCUCAGGUCCACCAGGAUCAGACUAGAUGGGAACCCCUGGGACUGUUCCUGUGGAGCGGAAGACUUUGUGGACUUCCUCAAAGAUCUACAAAGCAGGUCUCUACUGGACCGAGAGAUGAAUGUGACCUGUGAGAGUCCUCCAUCUCUGAGGGGUCGACCUGUGUGGAACGUAUCGGUGUGCGUGACGUCACCUCCACCUCCACCUCCAUCACCAUCACCAUCAGUGACGCAAACCGUCCACCCGAAACCCACAACGGUCCCGGCAUCCACAUCCGCUAAGGUUCUGACAACACCUCCAUCACGACCAACAUCAAAACCCUCCGUCCAGCCCAAACCCUCUGAUGCACCCGUCACAAUGUCCUCAAACCCGGCAGCUCAUGUGACAUCACCUCCAUCAGUGACGGAGAUCACUGUCCAACCUAAACCUUCUGACCUGCCCAGAACUAAACCUACACCCACUGGGAUGACUGAAACGUGUGAGACAUCCAGACCAUCGUCGGAUACAAACAUCGUGUGCACACUGGUUGUUGUCAUAGCGGUUCUUUCUUUGCUCCUGUCGGCGGCCUGUUUCCUGACCGUGCUGCAUCGGAGGAAUCGCAUCAGCAAAACUGUGAUGCCUGUCCGUCCAGAGGAAAACAGAAACCAGUUGAAAGAAGACAGCGGAUCCAGUCGUGCUCAGUCUCCAGGACACUCUGAGAAAAGAGAAAACAAUCACCGGGACUCAGAGACGGGAUGGAGGACAUCCUUCACUGGAGUCAGAGCUAAGUCAGCUAAUGCUAUUCUCUUUAUGUCUCCUUUUUGUGCACCUGUGAAGGAUGGAGUGACUUUACAAACUGAGACUCAGUCAAAAGAUGCAGAAAACCAAGCUGAGGGAAAGCAGAACCUGGAAGAUGAAACUGAAGCAGAUGGAGGAGUUGAGACAGACGAUGCUAAAGUAAUACAACAUGCAAAACAAUCCAAGGAUGGCGUAAAUCUAGAUGAGAUCUCCCACCAUGUUUCUGUCAACGCUGACACUGCACCUUAUCUGAGCAUCGGUACAAACCAGACUAAACCCAAUCCUGAUGAUUUCAACAAACAGCCCACUGACGGUUCAGGUCAAAGAUCUCAGAAGGGAAAAGUCAUGGGGAGGAUCUCCACCUGGCCUCCGACUGCCGUUCAGUGGCAGGCCAGAUGUAAAGCGAAGGAGGACGAGGAGGAGUCUGAUGUCUUCACUGUUUGGUCGCCAACGUUUUCAGGUGAGGUGGAGAAAGUCUUAAAGGCAGAGGAGCCUCCCUCCGGUUCUGACUGGGACAAAAGGGAAGAGGACAUUGAAACCAGUCGAAUGGAAGAUUUAGGAACUGCACCAAACCAAGAUCCUUUAAAGAUGACUGAAGCUCCCAUGACGUUGGGACUCUCUCAGUCCUCAAAACCAAACGACAAGACCACCUGUUUCAGUGAGGCUCCUACCCACACUGACACGAGGCUAGAAGAGCAGCUAAAGGAGGAGGAGAUGAUCCAGGACCCUGCCACUGUGAGACAGACCCAAAAUCUGAACCAGGACGAACUCGGUCCAAAUCAAGGCCGUAAAUCUGCAGAGAAUCCUGCACAGAAGAAGAGCAGCAACAAGGCAAGUGCAUCAAAGCGAGCUGGGACGAGCCGACAGAGGGCGGAGAACAGAAGCACCGGCCCAAAGGCUCCCUCUGGUGGCGCCUCGCCAGAUGAUGAAACGCUGCUGUCCGGCAACGAGUACGCCUUCAUGGACCUGCUGCAUGAGGUCGUGCAGAACAACGGCCGCUGGACGCGAGACAGGUGGAAGCAGAUAAACGUCAACAAGCAGCGGCGUCCCGACAGAGGUACCGAAGGGGUUUAGAAAAAGGAUUCACUUAAAGUUGGAAAUGAUGUUCACAUAACAUGACACACAAUAUUGUAGUUUAAUUAUGUCACUACGAGUUAAAGAAAAUGGUUUAUAUUUGCUUGUUGCUGCAGUUACAUGUAAAAUGAUCUGUGUGUAUUUUUGGGAACACUGGGAACACUUAUUUGCUUUCAUGGCGAGAGUUGGAUUGAUACCAUUCUCAUGUCUGUCCAUUAAAGGGACACCACAGUGACUUUGUAUGACACUUCUGUAAAGUCAGGUGACUCACAAGAGACAGAUUAAAAAAAGAUGGUUAGAACUUGUGCAGAAAAGGCUGAGAUUUCUCGACUUUUAGUCUCUAGUGUGGGUCAAGCUUGAAAAAUCCCCCAUAUUUCCCAUAAUGCAACAUAUCAUCUUACAUUAGACCUCCCCCUGCUUCCCAACGCUGCAUUCAUGCUAGU